AUGCCUGUAGCAUUGUAUAUUAUUAGCAUAAAUCAUGAUAUGUAUAUAAGUCCUGAACUAGUAUUAAAGUCAAGAAAUGAAGCAAAAGAGUGGAAAGACUCUGGUCCCUUGAUUGCGUUAGAGAUAGCCAAAAUGGCAUCUUUUCAAGUGCAACCGCCGGAAAAAUUUACUUUCAAGCCAGAAGAUUGGUUGAAAUGGAGUCGGAGAUUUGAGCGAUUUAGGAUGGCGUCUGGUCUCGAGAAAGAAAGCGAAGAAAGCCAAGUUAAUACCUUGAUUUAUUCAAUGGGUAAAGAAGCGGACGAUAUUGUGCAAUCUCUCGGUAUCGCUGAAGGCGACCAAAAGAAGUACGAUGUUGUUAAAAAGAAAUUAGAAAAUUUUUUCAUCAUCAAGAGAAAUGUAAUCUUUGAGCGGGCUAAGUUUAACUUGCGAAGUCAGCAGGAAGGAGAAACCGUCGACGUGUUUAUUACGGACUUGUUCAACCUUGCAGAACAUUGCAAUUUCGGUGUUUUACGCGAAGAAUUGAUCCGUGACCGUAUUGUUGUUGGAAUUCGGGACAAAGCGUUGUCGGAAAAGUUACAGCUCGAAGCAGACCUAACCCUAGAAAAAGCCGUGAACUUUGCCAGAAAGAAACUGUUAGAAAGCAGCAAAGGUUUCUUCGAGGCGAUGGCAAACAGCAAAUCGACUAUGUGGGCGUAG